AUGGAACACUCCCUCCACCUACCGAACAGCGAUAACAUGCUGCACUUUCGAAAUCCCCGUGGCAAGCGCACAAGACCCCAUGACGCAGCAAAACCCCCAGCACAAGCCACAGGGCUCUCAGGUCGGCGAAUCGAACAAUCUACACCGUCGACGACCGAAGACCCGAAGACCAUGACAGACAACGCCGUGCGGAGAAUCAAACCCACCAAGCUCCCACUCCCCAUAUCCCCCGUCGACAAGACCAAAGAAUCUGCUGGAACGCGACUUGCUGUAAUCGAAACCAAGGAACAAGAAAGCGAUCGAACUAUUCGUCCAAAGAGAUCUCUGGGGGCGUUGUCACUUGCUGCGCCUAAGCAGCCCGAGAAAGGCGGCGAUCAAUACUGGCGCAAAGUGCGAGACAGGUUUGAGAGGGAAAUACCAGCUCCGUUGCGCAGUAAAGAGAAGCACAAGGAAUACUAUCAAGAGGCAUAUCGGAAGAUUGUGUCAUUGGCUACUUCACCCAGGCAAGAGAUUGCUAACUACAAGUUGAAAUUAACGGGAGGUAUACCUCGGGAUGACAAGUUGCAUACACGCCCCGUCGGCUUGCGGAAAGAUGUUCCAAACCUACACCUUGACAAUCGACCUCCCCCAGGAACAAGCUUCUGGAGAUCUGAGACUACUCAAGCCGUCGGUCAAAGAAAACGUCCAAUUACUGGAGAACGAGGGCCGAGUUUGCCGACCACUGAGACCACACAGCCAACGACAUCCGAGAAAACAGAUGUAACGACCGACUCAUCCGACCAGUCAUAUCCGAUAUCACCAAUUUCAGCACCUGCAAGUUCCGUGACCGACUGGGAGGAUCGGUUUGUUGUGAACAUGCCGUCAGCAAGAGAGCCCAAUCCUUUGCAUUUGAAUGCACAGCAGAUUUCCAAAUUCCAGCAGAGCAUCGAGAGGGUUCACAAGGAGGGUGGAACAAUGCUCGAUCCUGAGACGCUUCCAAGCCCCCGUACCACCACUCCUGAGGACAAGCCCAAUCCUACCGACCAACGCGAGAAGAAACUGAUUGGUUUAGACGGCCAGGAGCCGAGUCCUGAUCCACCUUCUUAUGAGAAGAACGAUGACGAAUGCGCUGGUGAACCACCUCGUUAUUAUAGUCCUGAUGAGAUUGGAAAGCCACGGUUCAGCACGAUUUGGGAAGAGUCACCUGGGCAGUCGACCAACACGCCUUUUGCGGCGAAUGCCGACGGCUCUUUUUUAGGAUGCAAGGAGAUCAACGGACCGAACGACAAGAACCCGGACGAGAUUUUGCUUUUUUCGACCACGGACGAGCGCCCCAGGGUAAUCGAUAUUCCAGGCCCCAAAUCCAAGAUACCCCGAGAGGGAAGAAGAGCCACGACACAUGCCCUCACAGCAGCAGCUCAAGAAAAGGCGCCCCCUCAGCAAGAUCGAAACCCAAUUUUACAGAAUUCGAACCCUGCCCAAUGCUCGAAGCAGUUGCCAAAGACGAUGUGCAAGGACGCAAAUUGUCGACUGCCCCAGAAGUCAGAAAAUCUUUCGAAAGAAAAUGUUUCGAAACCGCCUUUGAAAGAAAACCGGGUACCUCAGGGAAACACGACGACAAAGUCUCACGAACAAAAGCCACCCCGCAAGUCCGACGAUGUAUUCAUUAUCACACCCACUAUCACACGCACUAUGGUUACCAUGACAGACCUGAGGGCUCAUGCUCAAAAGACUCCGAGCACACAGGAACCCACAUCUCGAGCCGCAGGAGAGAUCAUCACAGGCACACGGACAAAGUCCCAGGCAGGCUCGUCCGCAGCAGGCCUGCGGCGAGUGACGCAAAACUCGUGGGAAAGGCAGAAUCCAAUUUGCACACCAUCCUCCAAACCGACCUCUCCCAACCCAAUACCCACUAUCAAAUCUCGGGGCAUAGAACCCGAGCGCCGAACGUCGGACAAGCCAAGGCCUAUACGUGGAUUCAUCCGUACAUCCGGGGCGUCAAAGGCUACAAUAGAAGGCCCGAGCAGUCUUCCGCGAAGUAAUCCUCCACAGAAUCACCCACCUUGCCUGGCACCUGGGAAUGUAUCGCCCUAUAUCGGGACUACAUCCUCUGGCCCCGAAAUCUCUCCCCAAAAUUCUAUCAGUCGAGACGGAUCGGAGGAGGGGCUCUCACCUCGCGAACUCCUGAGCUUCGAAGUGGCUGAACUAGACGGACAGCAGGUUUAUGAGACACCUCGAGAAGAAGGGGUAUUUCAUUUCAAUGUCACGGACUUCAAUGCUGAUAUCCUAGGGGACCCAGCGAAGCAAUCCGAGGGCGGCACGAAACGGCCCGAAAGCACGGAGGAUCCAACCGACGACGACGAUCAGCCAAUCUGGACUCUUAUCAAAGACGCCAUCAUAGACUCUGCAGUACAGCUCCAGCAACUCUACAGCCAAGUGAUGGUGAAUCGCGACAACAAAGCGAUGCUGGUCCGCAUUGCCUUUAACAGCAUGCUCAUGAUGAUCGAGCAUUGCCUCCUCGUGCUCAAGAAUUUCCUAGCAUUCCUCUCCCUCUACAACUCCACCGGUGCCUGGCCCAAACCGUCCCGCAAGGACCUCGUCCGCUCGCUGAUCGACCAUUGCCAGGCCGCGCUGUACAUUGUUACCCUGGGAUUCUGCAUGAUGAUAAUCGGUCGAGCAGCUGGGUACGUCGUCCUCGUGAGUACAUGGGUCAUUUGGUUCGCGAAACCGUUUGCGUGGUUCUUCGGCGCCCUGGGUCGGGCACUGUGUUGAGGGAGUCAUCCGGGCUUGGCUUGUACUAUAUGCUGUUAUAUUGGACAGACAAUACCGGGCGGUAGUUGGUCUUUUCCCGCGGUCUCAAGGCGUCAUGGGUGUGUUUUGGCGGGGGGAGUGAUUAGAAGCGCCGGCGAUGUGCUUUUUCUUUUUCCUUUGGGAUUGCUUUGUAUGCGGUUUGGCCAGUGUGUCUAGAACGGAUUCCGUCUGUUAGAGUGGGUGACACGGUCGGUUUGUGUCACGUUCACGGGUUACGAGAUUUCCUCCCCGUUCCGUUCGUUCUGCUGCCAUUCUUCUUUGCCACUACUCGACGAUGUCAUUUAUAUCCUCCG